AUGGACGAAACCUUGAUCUCGACCAUCAACAAGUUACAGGACGCGUUGGCGCCGCUAGGCGGCGGCUCGUCGUCACCAGUGGAUUUGCCCCAGAUCACCGUGGUGGGCUCGCAGUCCAGCGGCAAGUCGUCGGUGCUUGAGAACAUCGUCGGCAGGGACUUCUUGCCGCGCGGCACCGGCAUUGUCACCAGAAGACCGUUGGUUUUGCAGUUGUUCAACAAGAGACCAGGCGUCAAGAAGCUGGACCAGGACCAGGUCAACUUGCUCGACGACAAGGGCGACGCGUCAGAAAACAACUUGGAGGAGUGGGGCGAGUUCUUGCACUUGCCCAACAAGCGGUUCUACAACUUCGAGGAGAUCCGCGAGGAGAUUGUGCGCGAGACGGACGCCAAGACGGGCAAGAACUUGGGCAUUUCGGCCGUGCCCAUCAACUUGCGCAUCUACUCGCCGCACGUGUUGACGUUGACGUUGGUGGACUUGCCGGGCUUGACGAAGGUGCCCGUGGGCGAUCAGCCCAAGGACAUCGAGCGCCAGAUCAGGGACAUGCUCAUGAAGUACAUCACCAAGCCCAACGCCAUCAUCUUGUCCGUCAACGCCUCCAACACGGACUUGGCCAACUCCGACGGCUUGAAGUUGGCGCGCGAGGUGGACCCGGAGGGCUCGCGCACCAUCGGCGUGUUGACCAAGGUGGACUUGAUGGACCAGGGCACGGACGUCGUGGACAUCUUGGCCGGCAGGGUCAUUCCCUUGAGGUUCGGAUACAUCCCGGUCAUCAACCGCGGCCAGCGCGACAUCGAGGCCAAGAAGACCAUCCGCGACGCGUUGCGCGACGAGGCCAGCUUCUUCGAGAACCACCCCUCCUACAAGGCCAAGUCCCAGUUCUGCGGCACGCCGUACUUGGCCAAGAAGUUGAACGGCAUCUUGUUGCACCACAUCAAGAGCACCUUGCCGGACAUCAAGAUGCGCAUCGAGCACUCCUUGAAGAAGUACUCGCAGGAGUUGACCGUGUUGGGCCCCGAGCUCGAGGAGAGCCCUACGUCCAUUGCCUUGAACAUGAUCACCAACUUCUCCAGAGACUACAACGAGAUCUUGAACGGCGAGGCCAAGGAGUUGUCCUCGCACGAGUUGAGCGGCGGCGCGCGUAUCUCCUUCGUGUUCCACGAGAUCUUCAAGAACGGAAUCCAGGCCCUCGAUCCUUUCGACCAGAUCAAGGACGCGGACAUCCGCACCAUCAUGCACAACACCUCGGGCUCCGCCCCGUCGUUGUUCGUGGGGACCCAGGCUUUCGAGGUGCUUGUCAAGCAGCAGAUCCGCCGCAUGGAAGACCCCACCUUGCGCUGCGUCAACUUGAUUUUCGACGAGUUGGCCAGAAUCUUGUCGCAGAUCAUCAGCAACCCCCAGUAUUCCCGCUAUCCUGCGUUGAAGGAGAGGUUGUCCCAGUGCUUCCUCCAAUUCUUGCGCGACGCCUUGAUCCCAACAAACAAGUUCGUUCAAGACAUCAUCAGUUCGGAAGAAACCUACGUCAACACUGCGCAUCCUGACUUGUUGAAGGGCUCCCAAGCAAUGGUCAUUGUCGAGGAGAAGUUCCACCCCAAGCCGCAAGUCGCCGUGGACCCAAAGUCUGGCAAGCCAUUGCCACCCUCACAACAACCCACCCCGGCGCCGUCUGCCAGCAAAGAAGACACGAACGGAUUCUUUGGCGGCUUCUUCUCGUCUAAAAACAAAAAGAGAUUGCAGCAGAUGGAGGCUCCUCCCCCAGUCUUGCGUGCUACUGGAACAAUGACGGAGCGCGAGCAGAUGGAGACUGAGGUCAUCAAGCUCUUGAUUGCCUCGUAUUACAGCAUCGUUCAAAGAACCGUGGCAGACCUUGUGCCAAAGGCCAUCAUGUUGAAGUUGAUCACCAGAUCCAAGGACGACAUCCAGAAGGAGUUGUUACAGAAGUUGUACAGCGCUCCCGACUUGGCAGACUUGGUCAAGGAGAAUGAUCUCACGGUGCAGAAGAGAAAGGAGUGCUUGAAGAUGGUAGAGGUGUUGAGAAACGCCAGCGAGAUUGUUAGCAGUGUGUAA